AUGAUUUUUUCUUGGGCCUUUUAUUGGUGCAAAAUUUGCCAUGCUGAUGUUUAUGAUGUUUCUUUAAUUAAAAAAUGUAAAUGCAAAAAUUUGUCGUUAUUCCGGAAAGGUGGAAAAGUGUUGAUGAAAAGAGCCUCAACAAUAACCGGCGCCCUAACAACAAAAAUUCGAAAUGGAUCAAUUAUGGGAACAAAAUUAGAUUCAGAAUUAAAACAAUUAAUUAAUUUCGAAAAUGGAAAAGAAAAUUUAAUAAAUACAGCAGAUUUGUUUGAACAACAAGAAAUGAAAUAUGAUUCGACUGGAAUGUUUCAUUGGUGUAAUCCAAGAAGUAUUGAAGAGUGUAUUUUGGAUAGAAGUCAGGCAGCGAUGACUGUAUUAAAUGGCCAUGUAGUUGUUUGUUUAUUUGCUGAUAAAGAUUCACCAUUAAUUGGCUUAAGAAAUUUUAUAAUGCCUUUGAGGUCUUCAAAUUUUCAUUAUCACGAAUUAAAACAUGUUGUGAUUGUUGGGGAUGUGGAAUAUUUGAGGCAUGAAUGGAAAACUUUGCAUAAUUUGCCUAAAAUAUCUAUUUUGAAUGGCAAUCCACUUUCUCGAGCUGAUUUGCGUGCUGUUAAUAUAAAUUUGUGUGUAAUGUGUGUUAUUAUAAGUGCUCGAAUUCCUAAUCCAAAUGAAGACCCAACAUUGGCAGACAAAGAAGCUAUAUUGGCCAGUUUAAAUAUAAAAGCUAUGGAAUUUGAAGAGGGUUUACUCAACACAAUACCUGUACAAAGAGUUGUGGUUCCAACUGUGCCUUUACCAAAUACUGGAGCUUUUUCUUUGUUAAGUCAGAGACCCUUAAUGGGUGUUAGAAGUGGCACAAAUGUACCUAUGAUAACAGAAUUGGUAAAUGAUUCAAAUGUUCAAUUUUUAGAUCAAGACGAUGAUGAUGAUCCAGAUACAGAAUUAUAUUUAACCCAACCAUUUGCUUGUGGAACAGCUUUUGCAAUUUCUGUAUUAGAUUCUCUAAUGUCAACAACUUAUUUUAACGAUUCUGCACUUACUUUAAUUAGAACUUUGGUGACUGGAGGAGCUACGCCUGAAUUGGAAAGGAUAUUGGCUGAGGGGGCUGGACUUAGAGGUGGUUAUAGCACUCCCGAAACAUUAUCAAACAGAGAUCGAUGUAGAAUUGCUCAAAUUUCCCUAACUGAUCAACCUUAUGAAGGAAUAUGUACAGGUUCAACUUAUGGAGAAAUGUUUAGUAUAGCACUUAAAAAACAUGGACAAUUGUGUAUUGGCCUCUAUCGUUUACAUGACCAGGCUUCUGCAGAUUCGAACAAACGAUACGUAAUAACAAACCCUCCAGCAGAAUUGAGAUUAUUAAUUAGCGACAGUGUUUAUGUGCUAGAACAAUUUGAUUUUGGUUAUUCAAAAUUUGAAACCUUUGGAAGCAGUGAACAAAGUGGUGGAGGAAUAACUACAACUCUAAGUGGUGGUGGAGCUUCUGGGGACAGGAUGAUGUUAUUUUCUUAA